UAGUCCUAGUUGCACAUAUAUUUCAUGAUGAAUCAGAAUUGCUUUAAUUCUUGUUCACCUCUAACUGUUGAUGCACUUGAACCAAAAAAAUCCUCUUGUGCUGCUAAAUGCAUACAAGUAAAUGGUCCUCUUAUUGUUGGAGCUGGCCCUUCAGGCCUGGCUACUGCUGCCGUCCUUAAGCAAUACAGUGUUCCGUAUGUAAUCAUUGAACGCGCGGACUGCAUUGCUUCUCUGUGGCAACACAAGACCUACGAUCGGCUUAGGCUUAACGUGCCACGACAAUACUGCGAAUUGCCUGGCUUGCCAUUUCCACCAGACUUUCCAGAGUAUCCAACCAAAAACCAAUUCAUCAGCUACCUCGUAUCUUAUGCAAAGCAUUUCGAGAUCAAACCACAACUCAACGAGUCAGUAAACUUAGCUGGAUAUGAUGAGACAUGUGGUUUAUGGAAGGUGAAAACAGUUUCUGAAAUCAAUGGUUCAACCUCUGAAUACAUGUGUAAGUGGCUUAUUGUGGCCACAGGAGAGAAUGCUGAGAUGAUAGUGCCCGAAUUCGAAGGAUUGCAAGAUUUUGGUGGCCAGGUUAUUCAUGCUUGUGAGUACAAGACUGGGGAAUACUAUACUGGAGAAAAUGUGCUGGCGGUUGGCUGUGGCAAUUCCGGGAUCGAUAUCUCACUUGAUCUUUCCCAACAUAAUGCAAAUCCAUUCAUGGUAGUUCGAAGCUCGGUAAGUUUAUAUUCAAUAAGUAUUAUUUUUCAAGUAACACUAGAAAGUGAUCUUGUAUCUUUCAUUUGCUCGCAUGAAUAUAUUAUAUUCACACAUGAAUGAUAUCAUCUAGUUUUGUUAAUCUUUCAGGUACAGGGUCGUAAUUUCCCUGAGGAAAUAAACAUAGUUCCAGCAAUCAAGAAAUUUACUCAAGGAAAAGUAGAAUUUGUUAAUGGACAAAUUCUAGAGAUCGACUCUGUUAUCUUGGCAACUGGUUAUACCAGCAAUGUAACUUCUUGGUUAAUGGAGAGUGAAUUUUUUUCAAGGGAGGGAUGUCCAAAAAGCCCAUUCCCAAAUGGUUGGAAGGGGGAGGAUGGUCUCUAUGCAGUUGGAUUUACAGGAAUAGGACUGUUUGGUGCUUCUAUAGAUGCCACUAAUGUUGCACAAGAUAUUGCCAAAAUUUGGAAAGAACAAAUGUAGCACAAGAAUCAUAAUCAAUCUGUUGGAUGCAUGCCAUGGAGAAGAAGCAAGUUACUUUUCUCAUGUCAAGAAAAUAAGAUUUUUUUUUUUCUUCCUGUAAUAUUACUGGGAUUGGAUAUUCUCCCAGUUGCCUUUUGUUUGAUUUGUGUCAUGUGUGAAAAUAAUAAUUUAAUGGUUUGUAAGUUAUUCUUCUAUUUGAUGUUUUAAGUCACUUGUUUUAUAU